AUGGAUUAUUUAAAAUCUAUUUCAAGAGUUGUACUAGGCAAAGAUAUACCUUCUUUCCCUUAUAAUAUUGGAGAAAAAGUUGAUUCGUUUGAAGGUGCUUCAAUAUGGUCUUUACAUAAUGGAACUAAAAAGGAAGAUGGAACUUCUGUAUCCGUUUUCACCUUUGACUGUAAUAAACAGAGAGAUAGAUUACCCUUAGCAAAAAAUGCAUUCAAAAAAUUUCGCACAAUACGACAUCCAGAUUUAUUGAAAUAUCUCGAUGGUGUAGAGACAGAAACUUAUAUUUAUAUCGUAACAGAGUACGUUUCACCUUUAAAGGAUCAAUUAAAAUUACACGAAGAUAAUAAUUUAAAAUUAUGGGGAUUAUAUAAAGUUGGGAGUGCGUUGAAAUUUUUGAAUAAUGAUUGUUCAAUAAUUCACGGUAAUGUUCGCAUUUCAUCAAUAUUUACAAAUAAAGCUGGUGAAUGGAAAUUAGCCGGAUUUGAACUUUUGAGUUCUAUUAAGGAAGAAAAUCCAGUGAUUUACACAUAUGGUGGUUUAGUUGUCGAAUCAGCUAAAUAUGCAUCACCAGAAGUUUCAAAGAAUUCAUGGAAUGUAUUGAAAGAUCAAGAAGUUUGGGUAACAGAUUCAUGGAAUUAUGGAACUUUGAUAUAUGAAGUUUAUAAUGGUGAAUUUACAUCAGCUAAACAACUAGAUAAUGUUGAGUCGAUUCCGCAGGCUAUAUGCGACCAAUAUAGACAGUUAGUUUCUACUAAUCCUAAAUUAAGACUUAGUGCAUCUUCUUUCAUUGAAGAUGGGCUGAAACCUGGUGGAUUUUUCCAAAAUGAUUUAGUUCAAGUUAAUUUGUUUUUAGAGAAUAUGAAUAUAAAAGAAGCUAAAGAGAAAGAAAUUUUUUUUAAAAAACUUAAUAACUGCAUUGGCAAUUUUCCAGAGGAGAUCUGUAAAUACAAAAUAUUACCGGAACUUAUUAAUGCUUUAGAGUAUGGGUCAGGAGGCGCAAAGGUAUUACCACCUAUAAUAAAAAUAGGCAAUUCCCUUAGUAGUACAGAAUAUGAACAAAUAAUAGUGGCGGCAAUUGUAAAAACAUUUGCUGUACCUGAUAGAACUAUUAGGUUGAGCUUGUUAGAAAAUUUGGGAUCUUUUAUUGAUAAAUUGAGUGAUAAGAUUGUUAAUGAUCAAAUAUUUCAACAUGUGGUAACCGGAUUUACAGACACCGCUCCUAUUAUAAGAGAAAAUACUGUCAAAUCCAUACUUUUACUUGCUCCGAAACUAUCUGAUCGUACUCUAAAUAAUGAAUUAUUGAAAUAUAUUGCCAAGUUGCAGAUGGAUGAUGAACCCGGAAUAAGGACAAAUACUACAAUUUGUCUUGGAAAAAUAAGCAAACAUUUAAAUGAUAGUACGAAGAAAAGAGUGCUUGCGUCUGCUUUUUCUAGAUCAUUGAGAGACCCAUUUCCACAUGCUAGAGUUGCAGGGUUAAUGGCUUUUUCCGCGACUUCAGAUUAUUACGAUGCUACUGAAUGUGCAACCAAGAUAUUACCUUGUGUAUCAUUAGUAAUGAUAGAUAAAGAAAAAUCUGUUCGAAUACAAGCUUUCAAAACCGCUGAUACAUUUAUUAAACGAUUAGAAAAGUUGGUCGAAUCAAUGCCCGAUACCGCAAUACCAGAUCCAAAUUCUACUGAAAAUUCAUCAUCGUUAGGUGUUGCAAGUAAUGUCGCCGGAGCUGCAGCUAGUGUUGCAGAAAGUUGGGCAGGAUGGGCGGUUACAUCUAUAACAAAGAAGGUAAUUUAA